UGUAGAAACAUCAGAAUGGCACAAAAUAAUAAAUGUUUAAGAAAAGAUGAAAAAAAUAUUGUCAAGAGUUCAAAUUAAAAUUUAGUGAUAUUGUUGGAGUAGAUUGGAGACCUCUUGGGCGUUGGUUAAAUAUUAAAGACAACUAUUUAGAUAUGAUUGAUCAAGAUAAUACUAAAACUGAUGAAAAAGCAUAUUCAAUGAUAACUAAAUGGAUGCAAAUGAAUGCCAAUCCAACACUUGAAGAGUUAAAAAGUGCUUUGAAAAACAUGAAUAGAAUGGAUCUAAUAAGAAAAAUAGAUGAGUUCACAAAACUUUCAAGUUCACCUGAAAUGCCUUCUGGAUUUUCUGCUAGUAAAGAUUUAUCAACAGUAUCUGCUGAACUAAAAAAAUUUUAUCUUAAACAUUAUGGGAAAAUUAGUGAACAUCAACCACUAUUAAAAGUACCUGCAAAUGUUGAUCUAAUGCAAAAAUUUGUUGAUCUAUGUAUUGUUGAUGCAGUGAAUACUCAAAUGGAUGCUGUUUUUAGUGUUGAACGGAAGAAGUUUCUUGAAAAGCAAAUGAAUUAUACGCCAAUUCCAUAUAGUGACUUAUUUAUGAAAGAAAAAUCUGUGGUUUUAAUAUCUGGAAUAGCUGGUAUUGGAAAAACAUGGUUGCUAAGAAAAUGUCUGCUUGAUUGGUCAAAUGAUUCAAUUUGGAACGACGUCAAACUUGUGUUUUAUUUUGAAUGCAGAAGACUUAAUCAAUAUCAAAAUAUUUCUAAUAUUAAUGAAUUACUAAGUGUUUUUUACAAAGAUAUUAUAAAUGAUUUUAAUAUUAGUAAUCAAACUUCACUGUUUAUAAUUGAUGGAUUAGAUGAGUUUAAAUAUUUAAAUGAAUUAUUAAAUCCAAGUUUAAAGUGUAACUAUCCAGUUGUUAAUGCUUUAGCAGAAAUUCAAAAAUACAAACAUGUUGUUGCUGGUAGAGUUUAUGCUAUUGAUCAAUAUCAAAGUAUAUCUACAGAGCAUAGUGAUAAAUUAACCAUUCAAAUAAUGGGGUUUAAUGAAAAUGGAGUAAAUAAUUAUGUAGAAAAUCAUGUUAUGGAAGAAAAAAAAGAUGUUGUAAAGGCAACUUUAAAAGAGUCUCCAAUUGCAAAAGCCAUGGCAUCUGUUCCAUUUUAUUUAUCUUCCAUGUGUAAAAUUAUUAGUGAUUCAAAAAAAAUGAAUUUUUUCUUAACUAUGACAGAUUUGUAUGCAAAUAUUUUUUUAUACUUUUUGCAAAAACACAUCAUCAAAAAUAAUAAAUUGAUAUAUGAGAUAAUGGAAGACGAUUCCAAUAAAAAAUAUAUUUUGAAUAUUUGUGAAAUUGCAUAUAAACUGUUUGUUGAAAAUAAAGUCAUUUUUUCCAAAGAAGAAAUUCAAACUUUUAUUGGUGACUUUAGUAAAAGUGAAAAUUUUUUUGGAUUUAUAGAAAGGAUUGAAACAGAUCUGGGUUAUCAUUACCAAUUUGCACAUUUGACAAUAAUGGAGUUUUGUGCAUCUGUAUAUGCAUAUAAUUGUUUAAGUAGUGAAGAGAUUAUGGCCAAUAAGAGGCUGGAGAGUUGUUUAUCAAUGAUUUGUGGAUUAGCCAAUAAAAAUCAAAAUAGUUUGUUAAAGUUUCUUGUUAACCUGAAUCCUUCAAAAAAGUCUGAUAAAGAAUCCUUUGUUUUUUUAUCUAUUUUUGAUUGUCGAAGUAAGAGUUACGGAAACGAUAAUUUAUUCAUUGAAUGUUUUUAUGAAAGUCAAUCAUCAUUUACUGAGGAAAUUGAAUCAUUCGUCGAUAAACAAGAUUGGCGUGUUACAAUUAACGAUGGAAAAUCUUUUUUAAAAACAGCUUGGGAUUGUUAUUUUGUAAAUCAUUUCAUAAAAUCCGGAAGAAAAUUAGAGUUGUUAGAUGUUUAUAAAGAUAUUUUAAGCGAUGACGAAAAAAAUCUUUUAAUUCAUUGUUCUACGAAUGUUCGCAAUGUCAGCUUUAAUCGUCCUAUUAAAUUCAAUGGAUGGAAACCGAAAAAUAAAAUUGAAAUGUUGUAUGUAUUCUUCUCACUUUAUUUAAUAUCGAAAAAAGAUUUUGAAAAAAACAUUCUUCCGUGGAUUAAUCUUUGUGAAGAUUUAUAUCUUUACCUACACGACGACAUUAGUUUUAUUGAAGACAUUCAUGAAUGGAUUCGUCGCUCAAACAUAAAGAAAUUGUUGAUCGGUUACCGUGGAAAAUAUUUUCAUAACAUUGAUGCGUUGAAAGUUUUUAUAACACGUAAAAAUGUUUAAUAUCUUAAACAUAUCA